AUGUCAUAAUCGUAUUUUUCUGGUCUCAUGAGUUGGGUGAGAAAGCACAAUGGGAAUAAUCAACUAGUCAUUGGUCAGAGAUCUAUCAGCCUAUUUAUCUUAAAGAUGUAUUUACAUGACAGAUUAGUCUAGAAAUCCUAUUAUAAAUUGAAAUCGAACCAAUCGAUUCAAUUCAAGGAUUCUAUUGACCAAAUAUGUUAAAUCUCGGAAUGCACUCAAAAAAACAAUUUAGAAGAAAAACUAUUAUCUUAACUCACCCUGGUGGAUGAAGAUGAAAUAUUCGAUACCAUCUGUAUCAGAGGAGACAUGAAUGAAAUCAUCACUUUGUUACGGGAUUGCUCAAAUGGCAAGGCUUUUGCAGAAUAACUCAAAAUUGUUGAAGAUAAUAAACAGCUGAAGGUUCAAGAUGCUCCUUGGUUUGAUUCUACUCAACCCUAGACCUGUCUAAGUUGGAUAAUUAACGAGUUUGAAAAGUAAGUCACUCUGCUCUAUUAUAAACACAUCAAUUUCAUCAAUCAUGAAUGCGUCCUGUAAUAUUGGAUCAACAACGGCAACAAUAUAAGGAGGAAAGUCACUGAUUGUGUUUCCACUGUCAUUCGACUAGAUCAGAAUAUUCUACUCUAACAAUACACCUCUUUCAUUAAGGAUCAUAAAAUUGAUAUUCAGAGUCUUCUCAGUAAGUUCAACGAUAAUCAACUCGAAUCCAUAUUCUACUUGCCUUUACAUCAAGCUUUGACUCUUUAAAGUCUCUGUGAAAAGUAGGUUCUACAAAUCAUAAGGGAAUCCUAUAAAUAAUCCAUUUUGUAAGAAUUGGAAUGUUUAACAAAGAAUGAUCAUCAUCUGUAACAUCAAUAAGCAUCUCAAUAAAAAUUAAAGAAGAAGAAGAAAUAAAAUAAGCAAAAGAAACUGAUACAUUAAGUGACGUAGGAGAAGUUUCCAAUUGUUGUUUAGAAGGAGCAGGAAAAUUAAGAUGUUACUUCUGACGAUAAUCAAGACACUGAAGAUUGGAUUGUAGUGACAAAGAAGAAAAAGUAGAAAUCUCCAAACCAUUCUAAUGGAUCCUCUUCAAAUAAGGAAAAAUAAUUAAGUUUAGAAUAAUAAGAACAAUAAACUUAAAUAUAAGAAAAUAGGCAACAAAUGGAGAUUGAGGAAAUAAGUAAGAAUGAUUUUGAUAAUUAAGAAUAAAUAAAAGUGAUAAAUUAAGAGGAAAAAUAAUAAAAUUAAUAAUAAUAAUAAUAAGAAUAAUAAUAAUAGGAUUAUUAAUAAUAAUAAUUAUAAUAAGAAUAAAAUAUUAGUACUCCUGAAAAGAAAAAAAUAAUUAGAAAGAAUUUAGUUUUACCUAAAACAAUUGAAUUAAUCGAAAAUCCCAUAGAUGAAAAUCUAAUGAAUCAAGCAUUUUAAUAAAUGAUAAAGAAAUUAGAUCUUGACAUUAAAGAAUUUAUCGAUUAGAUCAGGAGGGAUAAUGAUUUACAAUUUCCAAUUAGACAGUUAGUCUUCAAUCGAAUUCAAUUCAUAAUUUAGUUCUUGUUUAAGGAUGCUGGAGUUUGUCUGUUUGGAUCUUGUGCCACAAGACUGGCUCUGCCUGAUAGUGAUAUUGACAUAGGGAUCACUGGUCUGGAGACGCAUCAAUUAAACCAAAAGAUGGAUGUCAUAAUCGAGUUCCUGUAUAAAAUGAAUUGGAUCAAGCGAAUUAAACCAAUCUAUCCUACUCAAACCACUCUGCCACUCAUUAAACUAUGGGUGGACCCCAGUAUCCCGUUUAGGAAUGGGAAUAUGAAUUUGCCUCACAUAGAUCUUGUGUGCCAAUCCCAGUUGAUUUAAGUAGAUAUCAGUUUCUUUGGACACAUUUAGCAUUAGGGAUUGACAUCAACGGAACUUACAUGCUUUUGGCUUCAAGAAUACUAGGAGUUGAAAACUAUUACACUUUUAUUUAAAAGUUUACUUAAGAAAAGAGGAUUGAAUGAUUAAUCCAAAGGUGGAAUUUCGUCGUUCUGUUUGGUACUAAUUGUAGUGGCCUUUCUGGAGUACUAUUAUUAAUAAAACGGUGGAUUCCAUUCAAUUGGAUUGGCGACGUACAAAUUUCUAGAGUUUUAUGGAACCAAAUUCAACCCUCAUUCUAUGGGAAUCUUCUACAAGGGCUUUGACUAGAAUCCAUUUUUUUAUUUGGAAAAAGAGGACUUCUAGUUGACAAUAGUGAGUCCCAUUACUUACGAUAUCAUUAGUCAGAGUAGUUCAUUUGUUUAGACCAUCCUAUAAGAUAUCAAUGGAUUGUUCAAUGCUUGCGAGAAUGAAACUAAGUUCUUUUAUGAGAAGGCUAAGUUCAACAAGAAGAAGAGAGGGAAGAAGGAGGAGCGAAAUUUGUUUUAUAAGGAAUUUGCAAAACUCACACCACUAUUUAGUACUUGA